AUGAGUCUGAACAAAUUAAGCGUUUCGGAAGUCAAUUUCUGUUGCAAACGAGUGCUAAUCAGGUUUGUUAAGUCUGGUUCUGUCUGAUUCCGCUUUAUAACAGAGUUGAUUUCAAUGUUCCCAUGAAGGACGGAAAAUGCACGAAUAACCAGAGGUAUGACAGUUGCGUCUCAACGUUGCUUUUUACCUAAGAAUCGUUGCGGCUAUGCCCACUGUAAAGUAUUGUUUAGAGCAAGGUGCCAAAAGUGUUGUCCUGAUGUCUCACAUGGGUCGGCCUGAUGGACAGCCAAAUGAGAAAUACUCUUUGAAGCACAUUGUUGACGAGGUUUCAAAACAGCUCGGCAGGCCCGUCAAAUUUUUGCGCGACUGUAUAGGGGAAGAGGUCUCCAACGCCUGCAGGGAUCCUGAGCCCGGAUCCGUCUUUCUUCUGGAAAAUUUGCGAUUUCACGUGGAGGAGGAGGGCAAAGGCCUGGGGCCGAAUGGCGAGAAAGUAAGUGUUGCUUAGCGUUGCGAGUCUACUGUUUCAGUGGAUGUUAACACGAUCUAGUUUUUCUGAAGUUAGUUUUGACAUCUAGAUAGCGUGAUUCGGAAGAUAUUACUAACUUGCAUUAUCCCCGCUGAAUUUUCCAAGUCAGUGAGAUUCUCUUCGUGCAUCUGAAGUGCAGCAAAAGACUCAGUUACUCCUCCGCGAACUAUUUUCUCCCCUCUCUAAGUGAUUUGUUCAGACAUAAUCCUCCCACAAUACACCAUUUCGCACAUUUGAGAAUCCGGAAUGCGUUCGUGUCUGUACAUGCAUGCUUCCAUUCUAGGACAUGUGAUGUGGCAGAGCAAGCCCGUUAAGUUUUCAUGUCGCCCCGUUUCCGUGCCUUUGUUUUUUUGGGCCCACUCCUGAGUUCUAGCGUCGUAGGUUAUCAACUCAAACAUAUCUGUGAUUGCAUAUAGACAGGUGGGCUAUUUCCCUCUGAUGCUUAUACAAGCGCUUCUCGUUCGAGAGGGAAAUCUAUAACACGUAGAUUAUAUCAGUCCACCCGGCAAAAAUCUAGCAGUGGCGCUCAGAUAAAAGCUGCCACGUUCUUUGUUCGUGUCCCACGUCCGUAAGUUUGGCGUCUCAAAAGGUAUAGUGAUGGGCACUGUUUCCCUUGGCCUUGCUGUUUUUGCAGACAACCUCUUCUCUUGGAUAGUGUCCACUUGGCGGACAUGAUUAUUCAGCGUAUUAAAGGAGGCUGAGAUUUCGCUGCACACUUUUAUAUCGUACGCAUAUUGCAAAUUACUAAAGGCGUUGUUCUCCUGAGUGUCCUCUACUGCGUUCGGAAAGUUGGAAUACGUAAUUUUCGAUAGGUCCGAGGGGUGUUGUUCGCUUCAACGUUCUACGUGGUCUUAAGUGCCGUUUCUGAACUACUCGGUCCCAAUUUCGGCAUCCAGUUGCCCGUCAACACUACUGCCGUUUAUCUAGCCGACCAUUAUCGCCACCACCAUCAUCCUUUUCACCACCGGUAGUCAACUCAUUUGCUAGACUACUGCUUUUUCAUUUUAAGUAGUGGCAAGUAUAAGACAGUGCUUAAAUCGGUUCGUUUUCAAAUGUCAUUUCAGAUUAACCUGACCCAAUGUGUUGUUGGUUCCGUGCAGCAGAAUGUACAGUUAACUCACAAAAUAUCACUCGCUGUUCUGUCCUGAGUAGUCUUCCGUGAGUUCUUUCGGGCCUUUUUAUGGUAUGGAAAAGCUGAAGUAACAGUAACUAGGUCUAUUUGGCACAUGCCGACUUGGCGCUUUCAAUUUGUUUCGGUGCAAGCCCAGGCUCUGUGCGCGGACCAGGUGUGUAGCAAGCGCAGACGGACCGUUUAGCCCUCAGCCAAUGCGACCGAUUCCGCGUCCGUUCCUUUUGACCGUCUUGACUCCAGACUCGGGUGGGUGGAGGAAGAGAAUGAAGUGGAUGCAGCGCAAGCCUUCAUCACCAUAAAUUGGCUCGCGCAUAAGUCGUCUUUGCGCCCACUCCGCUGAGCACACGGUAACGUCGUCGGUAACAACGGUCGAACUGCCAUAUCACUCGCCGAUUUAGUAACUGAGCUGGAUUAAACGGACUGUUAUUAAACCUUUUACAGGUUAAGGCUUCACCCGAGGCUGUGGCCAAGUUCAGUGAAGCACUAACUAGUCUCGGCGACGUUUACAUCAACGACGCUUUUGGUACCGCUCACCGGGCCCACGCGUAAGUCCUAUGCUAUUUUAAAUAACUUAAAACUCCCUGAAAUAACAUUAAGGCACGAGACGCAAACUGACGUACCCCCUUCUGUUCAUACCUUAUCUUCGUAACAGCUCCAUGGUCGGAUGCAAACUCCCGAUCCGCGCUGCUGGCUUCCUGAUGAGCAAAGAGCUGGAGUACUUUGCUAAGGCCCUUGACAAUCCCGUCCGACCAUUUCUAGCUAUUCUUGGAGGGUAUGUUUUCCGUCACACUUUUCUUCUUGCUACAUGGCAAAGCUGUUUUGUCCCAGUGGUCACUGACUUAGCAACCUGAUUUCGUGGGGCAUCAGGAUCGUAAAAACCUGUGAUAUUUUCUAGUGCCAAAGUUAGUGACAAGAUACAACUGAUCAACAAUAUGCUGGACAAGGUUGACGAACUCAUAAUCGGCGGAGGAAUGGCUUUCACGUUCCUGAAAGUCCUCAACAAUAUGAAGGCAAGCCACUAUUCUGAACUUUAGUCAUAACCACUUCCAAACGCGCCCACCCUACUUGUAUAAAACCACAAGUCUACAUCUUUCAGAUCGGCAACAGUCUCUACGACGAGCCAGGAGCCCAAACAGUAAAGGGUGUCAUGGAAAAAGCGAAGUCAAAAAAUAUCAAGGUGCAUCUGCCCUGCGACUUUGUGACUGGAGACAAAUUCGCAGAAAACGCUGCCACGGGAACGGCAACGGUUGAGUCUGGUAUUGACGAUGGCUGGAUGGUACGUUAUCCUUGAUUACGUGAAAAUUUCCUAAGGGACUUGAUUGUGGCCCAAAGUCGUCGAAAGAGUUUGCUGAAGCCAUCUCUAGAGCGAAAACCAUUAUCUGGAACGGACCAGCAGGUGUAUUCGAAUGGGAGAACUUUGCGAAGGGCACGAAAGCUGUUAUGGACGCUGUCGUCCAAGCAACUGCCAACGGUGCCAUCACGAUAAUCGGUAAGCAUACUUAGGUAUCUGAGUGUUCCAGUCUAGAUUGCAUCGCUGCUCCAUCGCCCACAAAAAAAGUUUUUUGCAUUAGUCCAUCAUCAUCAUUCUUCCAAGUUUUGCACGUGCCAGUCACUUCCGUUUUAUCUAGCAAUAUGUAUGUAGUCGAUAGUAUGGCGCCUCAUCGACGAUUCCCUUCUAUCCUAAUUUAGGCGGCGGCGACACAGCCACGUGUUGCGCUAAGUGGCACACAGAGGACAAGGUCAGCCAUGUCAGUACAGGAGGUGGUGCUAGCCUGGAACUUCUUGAGGGCAAGGUACUGCCUGGCGUUGCCGCACUUUCGGAUCCUUAA